AUGGCUGCUCGUUCAGUUUGGCGUGCGAUUCUCGAUCUCUAUCAGUCCAAUUUGGCCAGUGAAGAAGCUCGUAUAGAAUGGCACUCCACGCUCUAUCAGAGCGCAUCCAAGCUCUUUGAUCUCGAACGCCUUCGAUUGAGCACAUUGCAAGAGGCUCUUGAAUUCUACCGAUCAGCAAUUACGGAAUCCGUGCAAUUCAUUGAAAAAGCCUUUCAAACUACUAGGGAUACUUUAACAAAAGCCAACGUCGAAGAGGACUUCAUUUCUUUUCAUGGAAAAGCUGUAAUUGCUUCAAACACCACACCACACCACUCUAGCCAGGGACAACCUUCCACCAAUCGAAUCACAAAUUCCCGAGUGUUAUGUCGGACGAAUAAAGCACAGCCAUUGGCAGUGGUGGGAAGCGCUCAACAGUAUCUGCUUUGUCUUCCUGGAGAAGACGACAGUCUUUAUACACCCUCGAAGGAGAUUCAGAAGCAGAGCAUUCGGCAAGCGCUCCAGAAGCGUUUCCUUAUAUUCCCCAAAGACGGACCAGACACAAUUAGCAGCGAAGUGUUAGCGGACUCUGCAAAGAGGUCUGAAAAGGCAGCUUUUGCGCGUCAACUGAUAAUGUCUGCUCUCAACAUUCUUGUUCGCGAAUGUGAAAAAGAGGAAAGAACUAAACAAGGUAGGCUAUAA